CCCCCCCCCCCUUCACCACACGCUCACCCAGAGCCGACCCACAUUUUCGCACUCGCGCCCCGUUAUCUCCUAUCCCUCCCUCGGCCCGGCGCACUCGUCCUCCUUUCCUUCCCCCUCCCAGCAUGACACCCCCCCUCGGCCACCUCGACGAGGUGACCGUCGGCCAGGAUGGCCACUUCGCCGAUGCCCAGGGCCGGCGCCUGCUUUUGCGCGGUGUCAACACCGGUGGCGAUUGCAAGAUGCCCACCCGGCCGGCGUGGCAUGGCGCGCGGCCGGGGUCGGCUGCCGCGGCGGGGGCGCUUCCCCUGUCGCCUCCUGGGGCGCUUCCCCGGGCGGAAUUCGGCGAUGGUGACGGUGACGUCGGCGUGGCCACCAGCGCCCCGCCCGAUGUCUUCUUCAACACGGAGGCCAUUUCCUUUGUCGGGCGUCCCUUCCCCCUGGAGGAGGCCGAUGAGCACCUGGCCCGGCUCCGGCGCUGGGGCUUCCUCUUCCUGCGGUUCCUCAUCACCUGGGAGGCGCUGGAGCAUGCCGGCCCCGGGAUCUAUGACGAGGAGUACAUCCAGUACCUGGUGGAGGUCCUGACCCGGGCCCGAGCCCAUGGCAUCCGGGUUUUCAUCGAUCCCCAUCAGGAUGUCUGGUCGCGCUUCAGCGGCGGCUCCGGCGCCCCGGCGUGGACCUUUGACCUGGUCGGGCUGUCGGUGAGGAAGUUUGCCGCCUGCGACGCGGCCAUCGUCCAGAACACCUGGCACCUGCACCCGGCGGCCGGGCACACCCCCGAGCGCCGGGCCAUUCGCCAGGAAAAUGCCGAGGCAGCCCGGGCCGGGCGCUUUGUCGGCCGCGGCUACCCGAAGAUGGUCUGGCCCUCGAACUACUACAAGUACGCGGCGGCCACCAUGUUCACCCUCUUCUUCGGAGGGGCCACCUUUGCCCCGGAGUGCCGGAUCCCCGAGAACUACACCACCAACCCCGGGCCGGAUUAUGUCCCCGGGCCGCUGGUCAACAUCCAGGACUUCCUGCAGGCGCGCUACAUCGGAGCCAUUGCCCAUCUGGCGCGGCGCCUGGCCCCCUUGGGCGUUGUGGCCGGCUAUGACACCUUGAAUGAGCCCUCGCGCGGGUUCAUUUGCUGGCCUCGAGUGUCGGAGCACGGGGGCCCCCAUCAGAUGCUCAAGCUGGAGUCCACCCCGACUGCCAUUCAGGGCAUGCUCCUCGCCAGUGGCCACACGAUCGAGGUGCCCUACUUCUCGCGCAGCGCACUCACCGGUGCCCCAGUGCGCGAUGGGUCGAUCCUGGUCAAUGCAGUACGCGCAUCAGCCUUCCACACCGAUCGCCCGGCGCCUGCCAACCCGACUGGCGGGUGCGUCUGGCGCGCCAAUGGCGUCUGGGACUAUCAGGCAUCGCCGGCCGGCGGGGCUGUCUCCCAGGCCGAGCAUGAUGCCCUGAUCAAUGACCCGGCUCUCCAAGCGAAGCUCAUCAAGCGCGAUGAUUACUUCAGCGCCGACGACCAGGGCAAGCCUUACGACUUUGGUCGGGACUUCUGGCUGCCCUUCUGCCAGGCAUAUGCCGCGGCCAUCCGUGAGGCCGAUCCGAAGGCCAUUGUCUUCCUUGAGCCGGAGGUCGGCAUGACUCUCCCGCCCUUGGGUCCGGAGCAGCUGAAGGUCCCGCAUCCGGUGGCUUAUGCCCCGCAUUGGUAUGAUGGCAUCACCCUAUUCAAUAAGCAUUUCUCCAAUUGGACCAUCGAUGUCGGGGGCCUGGGAGAUGCCGGGUCCGACAUUGCCGCCAACUUGGGGGCCGUCCUGCGGAACAUUUGGAUCGGCCCGCAGUCCGUGCGGGACUCCUUCAGUGUGCAGGUGGGCCGGAUCAAGGACGCCGGCCGGGAUGCCUUCGCCGCUGGCGGGAGCACCAGCGAGGAUGGCACCUCGACCGACGGCUCGGUCUUCCAGGCGCCGAUGCUGGUUGGCGAGUGCGGUACCCCGCAUGAUCUGCGCACUGCCCAGGCCAAUAGCCCGAACUGGGUGCGGCUGUCCGCUCGCCGGCAGACCAUCGCCUCCCUGCUGCCGGUGAUGGAGCUAUCCACGUACCUGGAGCUGGAGCGUCAGACGGCCGGGGCGUCGGGGUCGGCUGCGCCCGGCGCCGCUCUCGCCGGCAGCGCCCCGGUGGCCGCCGGCGAGCAGCAGCCAGCGCCGGCCACCAUCACGCCGAAUGCCGACAACGAUCUGGAGUCCGCUUCAACCGGGCUCGGGUCCUCGGCGCCUCUGAUUGGCACGCCUUCGGCUUCGGCCGCGCCGGCGACCGCCGCCUCGACGACCACGGCCACGGCCCUGGCGCCGGGCCCUCUGGCGGCCGGUGGCGGCCGGCUGGCCGGCUUGCCGCACCUCGGCCAGGGCGCCCGCAUCCAGGCCCCGCGGGAGGUCAUCUGGUCGGAGCCGAGCACCGAGGAGGAGGACGUCUGCCGGGCACUGGAUGCCACCCUGUCGGCCAUGGACCAGAAUCUGGCCUCCUUCACGGCGUGGACAUACUGCCGGACAAACUCCGGCGCCGGGCGUCUGGGCCUGGACCCGCAUCGGCCCUUCCCCACUCACGCCGAGUGGACCGGCGGCGACAUGUGGAAUGACGAGGAUUUCUCCGUGUGGUCGGGCGCGCGUGCGCGUCUUGAGCAGCACCUGGCCACUACCGUGGCUCGGCCCCGUCCUGAGGACCACUCCGGCGAUGAGCAGCAGCCCCUUCGAGGCGAGGUGCCGCAGGUUAUGCGCGAUCAGGAGUGCCAGCAGCCCGGCUGUCCCGGGUGCGGGGCCACCGCGCUCCUCCCCUCGCCCGAGUCUCCGAGCUCGGGCUUCCUGCCUGGCAUGUUUAAGGCCGCCAUGAGCAUGGUCAGCCGGCCAUUCAGCCGGACGACUCUUCCGCCGCACUGUUUCUUCCGCCAGACCGCCGGCGUGGCGGACCAGGAAACCGGGCGCCCCGAUGCGCCGCUGCCGCCGUUCUUCCGCAGCCGACUGGACAUCGGCGGCCGAUCGCUGCAUGCCUCCUCCCGGCCGUAUGCCAUCAAGACGGUCGGCGUGCCGAUGUACCACUCCUUCAACAUGUAUUCCGGUGUCUUUGAGCUGCGGUACUGCUCCACCGGAGUCGAUGCCCACGGCCGGCCCCAGGUUCAGCCCUUCGACAAUGGCGGGGAGGAUUCCCUGGCCACCGAGAUCUACCUGCCGCCUUACCAUUAUGGUGAAAGCGAGGAGUUCUUCCAUGUUGAGGUGAGCGAUGGCACCUGGCGCUUCCUGCCCGAGCGCCAUGUUCUGCUGUUCAUCCAUUCGAGCGCCCAGCCGAUGGCCGGCAGCAAGGGCACGACCCUGCCGGAUCGUGUCCACUCGAUUCGCAUCAGCCGCAAGGCCCUGCCGACGCUGGGUGCCAGCUCCUCGAUUGGCGCCUCUGCCAGCCCUACCGCCGCAGCCGCCACCGCCGCCGGCACCACUCCGGUUCCGGCCCCCGAGCCAGCUGUUGAGGCUCCAACCGAGCCCACUGCCGAUGAGCCCGCUGCCGAUGCGCCCGCUGCUGAGACCGAGGCGGCCUCCACUUGAUGAGUUGGUGUCAGGAAACAAAGGCCCCCCCCCCCCUCCACCCCCCACGCAGCGCAUUCGAUUUUUCUGCCCCUUUUCCACUUCUCGGCCCUACAUAGCGCCAUAUUCUGUGUCUCUCCUUCGUUGAGGAGAAAUAUACCGUGUUCAGUGAAGGGACCCGCGCUCGACAACUCAUGCGCAUCGAGA